CACACUCACAAAGAACAUCUAACCGACAAUUGGAAAACAGCGUAUAUAGUGUGUACGUGUAGAGAGCAAACUGACGAAUUUGCAUUAGUUAUGGAAUUAGCAGCACAAACUGAUCAUCUUCCCAAACAAGGAGGGUGGAUCACCUUCCCCUUCAUCAUAGCAACAUCGGCUUGCUUGACGCUGGGGAAUGGGGGAUGGGUGAGCAACCUCAUAGUAUACAUGAUUGGAGAAUUCAACGUCAAGAGAAUCGAUGCUGCCCAGGUUUUCAACAUCGUCAAUGGUUGCAUCAAUUUGUUCCCUUUGCUCGGAGCUAUCAUCGCCGACUCAUUUCUUGGAUGUUUCGCCGUCAUCUGGAUUUCUUCCUUCAUCGCUCUCCUCGGUACAGUUCUCCUAACGCUAACUUCCACGAUCGAUUCCCUUAGGCCUCAACCAUACGAAACAAGAUCGAUCACGUGCCCAACCCCGUCGAAAUUUCAACUCACUAUUCUCUACGCGGGUUUAGCGUUAUCCUCUUUAGGAAUAGGAGGCAUGCGAUUUACGUUGACAACGAUGGGAGCAAAUCAAUACACUACCACCAAAGAGCAAUCAAUUUACUUCAACUGGUACUUUUUCUCCCUGUACGCUUCUGCUAUUACUGCGUCCACAGCCAUUGUCUACGUCGAAGAUAACGUGAGCUGGGCGUGGGGAUUCGGUCUGUGCGCCGCGGCCAAUGCCCUUGGUCUCGCCAUUUUCUUGUUCGGAAGCCGGUUUUAUCGCCAUGUUAAACCUGAAGGGAGCCCUUUUACCGGUUUAGUACGAGUGUUCGUUGCAAGCAUUAGGAAAAGGAAGGCCCAAAUCUCAUUGAAAAGUGAUGAUUACUAUCGUGGUGGUCAUGAUAAUGGCAUCCAAGAACUGGUGGCUGCAACACCUACAACAAGCUUCAGGUUUCUGAAUCGCGCAGCACUAAUAGCCCAAGGAGAUAUUAGCUCAUCAGACGGCUCAAUAGUAAAGCCAUGGAACCUCUGUACCCUCCAACAGGUAGAAGAUCUCAAAACACUCAUCAGAAUCUUCCCACUCUGGUCCUCCUCCAUUUUCUUGGGCACCCCUAUUGGCAUCCAAACCAGUCUCUUAGUCCUUCAGGCCCUGACCAUGGACCGUCGCCUCGGGCCACACUUCACUAUCCCAGCUGGGUCCAUGCUAGUCUCUGUAUUCUUCUUCGUUUGCAUUGCCUUAAUCCUCUCCGACCGUUUAAUACGUCCCACGUGGCAGUAUCUCGCUGGCCGACCCCCGACGCCCCUCCAACUCAUAGGAGUUGGCCACGUGUUGAACAUAGCCAGCAUGGCUGUUUCAGCCGUGGUGGAGUCGACGAGGCGGAGGGCCGCAGUGCCGAUGUCGGUUUUCUGGCUGGUCCCGCAGCUGGCCAUUGUGGGAGUAGGGGAGGCGUUUCAUUUCCCGGGGCAAGUGGCGCUUUAUUACCAGGAAUUCCCGGCGUCGCUGAAAAACAUGGCGACCGCCACUAUCGGGCUGUUGAUUGGGAUUGCGUUCUAUCUGAGCACAGCGGUGAUCGGUUGUGUCCGGACGGCGACGGGGUGGUUGCCGGACGAUAUAGACGAUGGGAAGGUGGACUAUGUGUUUUGGAUGUUGGUGGUUGUCGGAGUGGUGAACUUCGGGUAUUAUAUGAUGUGUGCUGUGUUGUAUAAGUACCGGAAUCUUGAAAGGGUGGUGGUUCAACCUCAUUGAGGUUGCUCAAGGAAAAAGGAAAUGACAUUUGGUGAAUAAUGUAUUUGGUUUCGGACGAUCAAUAAUCUCUACGUGGUUAAUAAUGUAUUUGGUUUCGAACAAAAAAGAAAUUGAUCGCGACGUCUUUUCUUAGUAGCCAUCAAUCAGAAAAGACUCGAUUAA